AUGGUUUGGGAUAUCAGAGCAGGAUACAGUCACAACGACAUAAGGAGCACUGAAAAGUCGAAAAUACACCUCAAGCCGUUAAUAGGCGAGAAGCGCAAUCUUGUUCCUUUUGUUAUCGCCCACGUUUGCAACGAUAUGGCUUUUUGCACUUCUGCGGAUGGCAGAAAAGAAGAUCGUUGUAAUUCCCUGAGUAAUGAUAUGCAGCAGAGUAAGGACAUCAAUUCGAACAGAGGUCUCAAGGCGCAGGAUAUCCAACAGUCGAUGGUAGGUACCGGCAAAGAAAGGGGUGACGAAAAUGCGAAGAAUAAAAUUUGCAACGAGAAUGAAAUGAGGAACAGUGACUCGGCUCGGACUGAGAAUUCGGCAAAUUUGUUGGACGACUGUCAACAAUAUGAGGAAGAGGCAUUAGCGCCAGCUACGGACCGAGCUACAGCCCCUUGCUUCCCCGAGGCACCCUUUGUGCAGGACUCGCGGAAUGCCAAACCGCGUCGAGCGUCCGCUUUCCAGAACUGGCACGACUUCGAGGAUGCGAUGGCGCAGAUCACUGGAGGGAUUGCUACCGAUGGGAUAACGAACGGUGCGCCGAACGCGCUCAAGAGUAGUACACCAUCGCCUGAUGCUCACGCUUCACUGCUUGAUCGUAAAGAUCUGGCCGCACGUGAGGUAUUCCGCUCUUUUACCAGUUUUCAUCUACAAGGCUCAAAGAGGCAUCAGCUGCAAAAUGAGAAGGCUUGA